AUGACGCUGGCGACGACGGAGGGACUUUACGGGGUUGAGAAUCCGGUGAUGAAGGAUCUGACGUUGAUUGAUGACCUGUGGACGUUUGAAAGCGGCGUGCCCAUGUUCAUCCUCGACAUCCUCCCGCAGUACACAGCCCGCAAAGCCUUCCAAGCCCGCGCACGUCUUCAAGCGGGCCUGUCGAGGUUUUACAUGGCCAGACACGACCACAACGACGACGUGGCGCAGAUUGUCAAGGCCAGAGCGGACGUCUUGCGGAGGUACGGCAUCCCGGACCGCGAGAUCGGAACGUUCGAGCUCGGGCUGCUGCAUGUUGGAACAGCCAACACUAUCCCGGUCUUUUUCUGGUUUCUGGUACAUGUUUUUACGCGGCCGGAGCUAGUCGAGAGACUGCGCGAAGAAGUGCUGGAGGCCUCGCAGCGGAAAGAGGACGAGGCCAUCAUCGACAUCACAAUCUUCGAGAAGGAGUGUCUCCUGCUGGUGAGCUGUUAUCGCGAGAGCAUGCGGCUCUCGAGCAGGGUCAUUGGGAACCGGAGAGUUACGAAGGACACGACUAUUUCCGACGGUAAGGGCAGGUCUUACACGUUGAAGAGCGGUGUUAAUCUACAACUCUCCGCUGAGGUUUUGCACAACAUGAAUCAUGUUUGGGGAGAGGCUCCGGCAGAAUUUAUUCCUGACAGAUUCCUGGCAGUCGAAAACGGGGGCAGUAAAGAGGUUGGGGACGAGAAGAUGAAGAGAGCGGCGUAUAUUCCCUUCGGAGGGGGCCGGCAUUUGUGUCCUGGGCGGAACUUUGCCUUUGCGGAGAAUCUGGGGUUUGUGUCGGCGUUGUUGCUUGGGUUUGAAGUGAAACCUUUGAAUGGCAGCGUUGGCGAGUUGAAGGUGCCCGAGGCGAUGGCGUGCACGCUUGCAGAUGGCACGCCCAAGCCGGAGAGAAAUGGAGAGGGGUUCGGGGUGAGAAUCGUGAGGAGGGAGGGUUGGGAGAAGGCGAAGUUCAGAUUCGUGUGCUAA